UCUCAGCCGACUGUGGAAAGCCCGGUCCGAGGCCCUGUGUUCGUCGCUGACGUCAUAGGUGACGCGUCUCGGGGAUCUGGGCGGGGCCCCAGCGUUACCGUCCCUGCAUGAUGACGUCACUCGGAUUCGCGGGAGAAAUUCGAAAGUGGAGUUCCUGUAUUUGAGCCGAUGGAGUGGAGACUUUCUCUCUGGUGUUCUAGGCAAGAAGGGUGACUUGGCGCGUCUGGGAGAGCAUUGGACACACUGACUCGCCUCCACAGAAGCGGCCCAGGAGGCGCCGUUAGAGUGCAGGAGAAUAUAAAUGUUGAAUAAAAACUGAUUGUUUUCUGGACCUGAGUAGUUUAUAAUCUCAGAAAAAACAAUGGAAUGUCAAGAAUUUAUUGUCCUAUAUACUCAUCAAAAGAUGAAGAAGUCCAAAGUGUGGCAAGAUGGAGUUUUGAAGAUCACUCACUUAGGCAACAAGGCAAUUUUAUAUGAUGACAAAGGAGCAUGUUUGGAAAGUCUGUUUCUUAAGUGCCUUGAGGUGAAACCUGGAGAUGACUUGGAAGGUGAGCGGUAUUUAAUCACAAUUGAGGAGGCUAAGGCUGCUGGAAGCAGAGCUGUUGAACCGGAUGGCUCUAGAGAAGCACUGGAAUCAGGCCCAAGGACACUUGGAUCCUCCAGCCGGUCUCUUGGGUUUCAGCCCUCUGGCUUAAAAAGGAAGGCUACCGGUUUUCAGAGACCAUAUAAGAUGCCAAAGAAAGUGACUGUUACUGACAACAGUGAACCGGCUGCCUCUUUUGGUGAUGUGAACCCUGGCCCACCUGGCCCGAGACUUCCUCCCUCGUUCUCCAGCACACUUCCUUUGUUUUCCACUGUUGGUCAGAAAGAUAUAACUCCUAUGUCGGUGGAUAAUGAGAGUCCCAUCACAUUCAGGUACAGAGAGAGAAGCGACACGCCCUUAUCACUUCUUUCUUCAUACUUCAAGAUUAACACAGACACACUAGGCAAAGAGGACAAGCUUUUCUUUCCUGUCAGCUCUGAAACCAAACAUUCAGACUCUUUACUGGCCUGUGAACCCAUGAGAAGAAACGGUUUAGACUCUCACUGUCCUGGAGUUUCACACAAUGUCAGAAGCAAAGCCCAGAUAUUAGCUCUUCUGAAGUCCAGCUCAACUAACAGGAAGGAUCUGCAUGAUGAGAUUACAGGACACUUUCCUAAGAUAGAACCACAGGGAUGUUUGAAGACCACUUCUCAGCCAAAAGAAGACUAUGCAGAAGCACAGAGCAUGGGGAAUUUACGCUGUGAGCAGCAGUCAGAAAAUCCUACAAGAACCACAAGUCGGUGGGCCAGGUAUUUACCUUCCCAGAGAUCGCCUCCCUGUUCUACUAGAGAUGUGAAUGAUACAGAGGACAAACCGGAAGUCCAAGAAGAUGUGAACAUUUUUAACUUGUCUGAACUUUUGGUACAAAAAAAGUCAGAGCUCUUUGAAACAUGUAUCGAAAAGGGAGAAUUAUACAGUGAGGACAAGCCAGUAGAUAAUAAUUGCCAAUACUGGAGUCAGGAAGAAAACUUAGCACUUUCAUUCUGUAAGAAAAACAGCAUACUGGUUAGCUGCAGCAGUAAAGAGAAUGUCAGUUUAUCAGAAUCUGACAUUCAGUACUGUAGCAAAGUACCUUUUAAUCAAAAUGGGAAGGUGUGUAUGCAAGGGUCACUUUGCACUCGGGAAGGUAUUCAGGGGGCAGAUGUGGAUGCAACAUUGGAACUGGAAUAUAGGCCAGUGUCACCAUUGCCAGAAAUAGAACAUAAGCAAAUUGAAGUUGAAUCUUCUCUAAGUACCAACUCUAGGAUCUCUGAUGACAUUGUAGACAUGGUUUCUAAAAGCAAUGCUGAUAGAGAAAAUCUGAAUACUGUUCAUAAAGCUGGGCAACCAUUUUUGGAAGUUUCUUUUAAUCUGAGCAACUUUGAGACCAGUGACACUGAUGAGGAGUCCCAAGAAGACAACAGACUUUCCCAGGAUUCAGACAGGUGGAAGAAGGAAGUUGUGCCUACAGGUGAUUUGUGUGUUCAGAAGAGCUGCAGGGAUGUAGGCUGCAGAGAAAUUGCAGGAAAAUUGCCACUCCUGUCAUCUGCCGAUGACAAGCCUAAAGAGGCCCUUCCUGCUGAUGAGACUCUGUUGUCAGAGUUCUGUGAUAGAACCUGUGUGGGUUUUAAUUCAGGACCUCAUGAAGAUGCAAACACUGGCAAAACACUAGAGGGACAGUGUCACAGUGACACAGGGAGCAGUUUGGACUCGUCACUGGAGUGGAAUGAGGAUGUACCAGGGGACAGUAAAGAAGAUGCUAGUAAAUCUAUCCAAGGAAAUGCAAUUAAUUGUGGUAUUGUUUCAUCCCCAAAUAAACCCAAAGGUAUAAAUAGAAGCUUACAUAUUCCUUAUCUUUUAAACACAGUCACUGAUCAAGCUCCUGGAAGCAGUGACCUGUUCUCAGAAGGUACCCAGCCUUUUAGUUUGCAAAGUCACAUAGACAGAAAUGAUGAGCAGGUCUUAACACCAAUCUCUAGCAGUGACAUUAGUGUCCAGCUAUUGAGUAGCUCUCAGGAUCACUUUGAGUGUGAUGAACUAGAAGAAUCCAGCACUCAAGUUCCUAGUCCUUUAUUUCAUCCUGUGGGAAUAAAACAUCCUAUCUACAGAGACAGUGAAGCAUAUAUUUCUGAAUCAAAAGAAUCAGGAAGAAUUAGAAGUUUGUCAUGUGAUCAUUUUGAAGUGGAAACUACACAGAGAAACCAACAAUCCUGGGCUACUUCUAAAAAUUCUUCAGAAAUUCCUGAAGUAAUAAAUAAUGUGUCCCUUCUAAAGUCACAGUCUGAGCAUAGCACAGCUUUAGGAAACUUGGCAAUAUUGAAGAAAAAGCAUGCCUUUCCACAUGAAGUUCAGCACAAUCAAGACCCAGAUGUCAGUCCUAAAGCCAGGAAAUCAUCUGCCACAGAAUUUUCACGUGCUGUGCUAGAGUAUCCUUAUGAGCAUUGGGCUUCUCAGCAGCCUGUUGAGUUUCACGGACAUCAAGUGAAAGGAUCUGCUACUAGUGGUGUAAUGACCAGAGGACACAGCUUACAGCUAGGACGCAGUCAGUUUCCAGAUAGCAUUGAUUAUGGAAACUUCCUGACCGAUCCAGAGUUGCCUAGCACUUGUAUGCAGACAGACUUCUUGCAGGUGUUUUCUCCAGAACAAAAGAUCUCUGCAUUGAGCCCUGCACCUACUUUCUCUUUCAACACAAGAAGUGAAGACUCUAUACUUGAGUUCUCUGAGGAGUCUCUGAAAACAAGAACUUUCCCUGGAUUGAAAAACAUUGGUUUUCGGGAUAGUAAGAAUCUCCAAAGGUUUCCGUUUCUAAGUGGAGCCUCAGUUCCCUUUGUCACUUUGCCACCUGAUGAUGGGCCAGGGGUCUUAGAUCCUUGUUCAUUUAUGAUUGACGAUGAUGCAGGAGAGCCUUCUGCUUCUUCCAUGUUGAACCUGUGUGAAGAGUCAGGUCUUGAGGACCAGGGUGGGACUCCAGGAGAUGUUUCACUGCUUCCUCAGAGUUCUACUCAAAGCAAGUGGCUGAAAUAUCAAAAUCCAUCCCAGUGCAACUCAACUGCUCUGAACAGACUUGCCAGUGACACGACAGAGGAUCUCUUUGCUGAGCCCGUGUCUGGCUUGCAUUUUAGCCACUCAGGUGAGAGUGGAGGUUCUGUAGACCCUGUGCGCUUGCAGAUGAUAAAAGGUGUGCUCUCUCAGCAGCAGCAGGGUGUUAGCAGUCAAGAUUUGGCUUCCAGAAGGAAGGCUCUUUCUCUGAAUUUAAAUCAGACUUCCAGGACUGCGGAACCUCAGACUUUGUUAAGAAGCUCUGCCAGCGUUCACUGCAGAGUCAAAGAUGUACAGGAGAUAAAUAAUUCUGAUCUAUGUUUCCCAAAUGGGCAGAAAAUAAUGUCAGCCUAUCUUCCUCAAAGGCAAGUUCACAUACCUGCUGUCUUCCAGUCUCCUGCUCACUAUAGGCAGGUCUUUACAUCUUCCAUCAUAGAGCAUCUGAAUAUAUUGCUGUUUGAAUUGGCACAAAGGCUGUACAAAGCACUUUCCAAAGUUGACAUAUCCUUUUAUACAUCGUCAAAAGGAGAGACAAUGAAAAGUGGAAAAAAUAAUUCACCAUCCUGCCACCAUAAUCAACCUGCCAAACUUGUCAUGGUUAAAAAAGAAGGUCCAAAUAAGGGCCGUCUCUUUUAUACAUGUGAUAAGCCAAAAGGUAAUCAAUGUAAAUUUUUCAAAUGGCUUGAGGAAGUGACUCCAGGACAAUUACCACAGAAUAAGUCUCAGCCCAACAUGAUUUUUAAUGAUAUUAAGAGUAUUGGCUCAUAUUUAAGAAGUCAAAAGAUACCAGUCUAUGAAGAAUGCCAGCUUUUGUUGAGGAAAGGAUUUGAUAUUCAGAGAAAACAGUAUGGUAAACUAAAGAAGCUUACAACUGUAAGUUCUGAAUUUUACAGUGAAACAAAAAGUAAGAUUUAUCUUAAGCUGAGUCGGAAGGAGAACUCUUCAGUUUAUAAUAAAGGUGAUCUUUGGGUUAUUUCAAAAACCCUAGACUUUGAACUAGAUACUUUCAUUGCAUGCAGUGCCUUCUUUGGGCCAUCUUCUGUCAAUGAAGUGGAGCUGCUGCCUUUGAAAGGUUAUUUCCCUUCUAAUUGGCCCACCAACAUUACAGUGCACGCAUUAUUGGUUUGUAAUGCCAGCACAGAGCUGACGACUCUGCAGAACAUUCAGGACUACUGUAACCCAGCUGCUCUUCCACUAAUACCACACCUGUUAGCAAUGUCUCAGUCUGCUACAGUUAGCAGUAAAAAUGUCAGUAAAAGAAACUUUAUCCCACCAGCCAUUAUAAGCACUAAAACAAAAACUGAACUCCUCCACGCAGGAGCAACUUUGCAGUUAGCUAGGGAGUUGAUUAACAUACACAGGCUGAACAAGGACCAAGCUACAGCACUAAUUCAAAUAGCUCAAAUGAUGGCAUCCCAAGAAAGUGAAGAUGCACUGGAGACCUUCAGCCACUCCCUGCCUAUCACAGUCAUUCAUGGUGUUUUUGGAGCAGGCAAAAGCUAUUUGCUGGCUGUGGUGAUUCUGUUUUUGGUAGAGCUGUUUGAAAAGUGUGACUCUGGAACAGUUGGCAAUGCAAGGCCGUGGAAAGUCCUCAUUUCCUCCUCCACUAACGUAGCUGUUGACAGAGUGCUUCUUGGGCUUCUCAGUCUUGGAUUUGAAAAGUUUAUCAGAGUUGGAAGUGUUAGGAAGAUUGCCAAGCCAGUUUUACCUUACAGCUUGCAUGCUGGCUCAGACAAUGAAAGUGAACAAUUGAAGGAACUCCACGCACUGAUGAAAGAAGAACUGACUCCUGUAGAAAGAGUUUAUGUCAGAAAAAGUAUCGAGCAGCAUAAGCUGGGGACCAAUAGAGUCAUGCUGAAGCAGGUUCGAGUCGUUGGCAUUACCUGUGCAGCCUGCCCAUUCCCGUGUAUGAAUGACCUUAAGUUCCCUGUGGUUGUGCUGGAUGAGUGCAGUCAAAUGACAGAGCCAGCCUCACUUCUUCCUAUUGCAAGGUUUGAGUGUGAAAAGCUAAUUCUUGUUGGAGACCCCAAACAGCUGCCUCCUACAAUUCAGGGUUCUGAUGCAGCUCAUGAAAAUGGACUGGAACAAACUCUUUUUGAUCGACUUUGCUUAAUGGGUCACAAACCCAUUCUGUUAAGAACCCAGUACCGUUGUCAUCCUGUGAUCAGUGCCAUAGUUAAUGAUCUGUUCUAUGAAGGAAACCUGGUGAAUGGCAUUUCAGAGAGAGAGAGAAGCCCUGUACUAGAGUGGCUGCCCACACUGUGUUUCUAUAACGUCACAGGAGCAGAGCAGGUUGAAAGAGAGAACAGCUUUGUGAAUGUGGCAGAAGCCACUUUUACCCUCAAGCUAAUCCAAUCACUGAUUGCAAGUGGAAUAGAGGGCUGCAUGAUUGGGGUGAUAACAUUGUACAAAUCGCAGAUGUACAAGAUCUGCAGUUUACUCAGUGCUGUGGAUAUCAACCAUCCUGAUGUUAAAGCUGUGCAGGUGUCCACAGUGGAUGCCUUUCAGGGCGCUGAGAAGGAAGUCAUCAUUCUGUCUUGUGUGAGGACAAGACAAGUAGGGUUCAUUGAUUCAGAAAGACGAAUGAACGUUGCGUUGACCAGAGGAAGGAGGCAUUUGUUGAUUGUAGGAAGUUUGUCCUGUUUGAGGAAAAAUCGACUAUGGGGGCGUGUGAUCCAACACUGUGAAGGAAGCAAAGACGGAUUACAGCAUGCAAGUCAGUGUGAACCACAGCUGGACCAUCUUCUUAAAAACUAUUUAGAAAAACAAGCAGAAGAAAAACAGAAGAAAAAGGAGAAAGAGAAAUCAAAGGAUAAAUCUCAUUAACAACAACAAAACAAAACCCGGGGAAGGGUGUUUCUAUUGCUGUAAAUUAAGAAUCUUUUUAUACUUACAUUUUUAAUGUUUUUAUUUACUCUAAAGUCCCUGAUACAAACAAGUUUCAUUACUUAAAAUAAUAUGCUGAAUAAGUACAUGCAAAAAAUGUGCUCUUUAAGGUGGGUAUAUAUUAAGAUAGGCAUAUGCAGAUGCUUGUGUGACAGGCAGAUGUCUUGCUUGUGAGAGAAACAAAUUCUACAAGAGGCAGGAAACCAUUCCUGAGACUAUCUGUAUGUAUAAAAGAUACACAACUG